UCGUCGGAGGUGGUGGUGGGGCUCCAUCAUGGCGGCUUCCAUUUCGGGCUACACAUUCAGUUCCGUCUGUUACUACAGCGCGAACAGCAGCGCCGACCACGAAGGAUUUCUGCUUGGAGAAGUAAGACAAGAAGAGACCUUUAGCAUUAGUGAUUCACAAAUCAGCAACACUGAAUUUCUGCAAGUAAUUGAAAUCCAUAAUCACGAGCCUUGUUCAAAACUCUUUAGCUUUUAUGACUAUGCAGGCAAAGUCAAUGAAGAGGAUUUGGACCAGAUUCUCAAAGAUCGGAGAAAAAAUGUUAUUGGAUGGUACAGAUUUAGGAGAAAUACUCAACAACAAAUGUCAUAUAGAGAACACAUCAUCCAUAAACAGCUGACACAGAUUCUUGGAGUGCCUGACCUUGUCUUCCUUCUCUUCAGUUUCAUCUCCACUGCAAAUAAUUCAACACAUGCUUUAGAAUACGUUCUCUUUAGACCAAACCGAAGGUAUAAUCAAAGGGUAUCACUUACUAUUCCUAAUCUAGGCAACACAAGCCAGCAGGAAUACAAGGUCUCAUCAGUGCCAAAUACUUCUCAAAAUUAUGCCAAAGUUAUUAAAGAGCAUGGUACUGACUUUUUUGACAAAGAUGGCGUUAUGAAAGACAUCAGGGCUAUAUAUCAGGUUUAUAAUGCACUUCAGGAAAAAGUACAGGCAGUAUGUAUAGAUCUAGAGAAAAGUGAACGCACUGUUGAAUCCUUCCAGGCAGAGGUGAAUAAGCUAAAAAAGCAAAUCUCACAAAGAAAAAAUGAAAAGGAGCAAGAAAUAAGACUGCAGCAGGCCAUCUUAAGUAGGCAAUUGUCAAACGAUGCGUUGGAGCCUAUAUUCAUCCCCCGAAUGCCCCGUGCUGGAUUUGCUGUGAAAGGUAGUAAUCUUGAAGAAUCGGAUGCCUCCGACCCUCCUCCUCCUCCUUAUGCUGACUUCAGUGUGAUCAAUCAUGACAGUGCCAUACGCUCUGGUAUCCUCGAAAGCAAUGUCUUCAUGCCUCGGCCUCAGGCUGUGGGUUCUUCUAGCUAUGUUUCCACAAAUACAGCAUUGAAGCACCCUGACAACGGGACACCCAUGCCAUCCUCUUCCCAAAGGGCGAUCGGUGACAAUGGUAAUGAGUCAGACAGUGACUACGAAAACUUGCUUGAACCUACAGAGUCAUCCGACAACGAAUACGCACAGACAAGGGAUUCUCAGCCCUUGACACAUGCCGAUGGAGACUCCAGGAACACUCAAGAUCCCCUCAUUUAAUCGAACAUGAGCUUAGUAUAGCACUGUC